CACCACCAGUCCACCAUGUUCGUGCAGUUCCAGCUCCUCCUCUGCUUAUUAUAUUUCCCUCCAUCUACAGGCUCCUCCUCCUCCUCCACUGGAGUAGCUUGGGCAAGCCCCCCAUGUCCUCCUCCUCCUCGCCUUCCCAUCCGCCUUUGACUUGGACCUAGCUCGCCUGCCUGUCGCCAUGCGUGUGCAGUGCGACGUCUGCGGCGCCGAGCCGGCCGCGGUGCUCUGCUGCGCCGACGAGGCCGCGCUCUGCUCCGCCUGCGACCGCCGCGUCCACCGCGCCAACCGCCUCGCCAGCAAGCACCGCCGCCUCCCGCUGGUCCACCCGUCGUCUUCCUCCGACGAGGGUGAGGCCGGCCACGCCGCGCCGCCGCUCUGCGACGUCUGCAAGGAGAAGAGGGGCCUCGUGUUCUGCGUCGAGGACCGCGCCAUCCUGUGCUCCGACUGCGACGACCCCAUCCACUCCGCCAACGAUCUCACCGCCAAGCACAGCCGCUUCCUCCUCGUCGGGGCCAAGCUCUCCGCCGAAGCGCUCGCCGACCAGGCGAUCCCCUCCCCGGACUGCAGCUCCGAAGACGCCGCCGACGACCACUCCUCCGCCGCGUCCGCCGGCGCGAGCGCUCCUCUUGAUAUCCCCGCCAGCAACUGCGCCGGCGGAGGAACAGUAGGCGGCAGCAGCAUCUCGGACUACCUCACCACCAUCUGCCCCGGCUGGCGCGUCGAGGACCUCCUCGCCGACGACGACGCCUUCGCCGCCGCUGCCGCCACUGCGACGGGGAAGGAGAAAGACGAGCGCGUGCCGUUCAUGGACGCCGACCUGUUCGACGUGGUCGCCGGCCACCCGGAGAAGCGUGGCGCCUGGGCGCCGCACGUGCCGCAGGCGCCGGCGUGGUGCCUCGACGAGGUGCCCGUCGCCACCAUGUCGGCCCCGGCGCCAGCACCCGUAAAGGCAACCAAGCAGAGCCACGUGCGGGAGAGGCACUGGAACGACAGCGACGCGUUCGCGGUGCCGGAGUUCUCGCCGCCGCCGGCCGCCAAGAGGGCGCGGCCCAGCCCGCAGUUCUGGUGCUUCUGACGCCGCCGCCGCACGCAGCAGUCCGGCCGCCGGCGAGCUCGUCACCUCGAUGGCUCGAUCGAUCGAUCAAUCAGCUGGUCACUACUACAAGUAGCAAGCAGUUAGCUUGAUGUGCCACUGUUACUAGCUAGCUGCUGCUGUUUAAUUAGUGAGUACUAAGCUACUACUAGUUAAUUAAUUUUGAUGAAACUAUGCUACGACUUUGUUACUAUGUAAUUGCAUAUGUACCAAACUGAACCGGGAGAUGUGUUAAUUAUCAUCUUAUGUAAUGUGCCAUCUUCUUAAUUUCUUAAUCUCUA